UGUUGACACGGAAGUGACGAACUCCAGAACGAGCAUGUGCGCUCUGGAGGGGUACGCGGAGGAGAAGUUUUAGUAGAGUUUUGCUAAACAUUACCAACAGCGGUUAAAUAAAAAGCGACCUACCGAUAGAAAUGGGUGAUUCUGAACGUUACCCUCCCCCGGACUUCAGCUGUCCUCCACCGAACUUCAUGCAACAGCCGCAGCCGCAGCAGCAGCCCCGCUCCAGCAGCUUCCACCCCAGCAUGUGGAGCUGGGGACAAACGCCCUUUGAGCCCAGCUGGGGCCAAGGCGGCUACUAUCACGGCCAAGCGAAUGGACCUGCUUACUAUGGACCUAAACCACAAUUCAAUCAGCAUUUUGGCGGUGAGCGGUAUCAAGCUGGAUAUCCCGGUGGCAGACAGAGCUACAGACCUCCCUAUCAACAAGGCAAAAAGCAAAGAAACAAGAAGGAGCCGGAGUUUUCCCAUUACUGCGACACCUGUGACCGGGGCUUUAAGAACCAGCAGAAAUACGACGAGCACGUUUUGCAGCAUGUCAAGUGUUCUGUACCUGACUGCAACUUCAUGGCUCAUGUAAAGCUGGUUGCCAUUCACUGGGAGAACAGCCACGCACCAGGGGCCAAAAGAAUCAAGCUGGAUACUCCAGAAGAGAUUGCUAAAUGGAGAGAGGAGAGGCGCAAAAACUACCCGACAAUUCAGAAUAUCGAGAGGAAGAAAAGAGUCAUGGAGGUGCGGGAGCAGAUCGGAGGCGUUCUUGAAACGACUCAGUUUGGGCGCAUGAGAGGCAGAGGGAGAGGCAGAGGCAGAGGUCGAGGUCAUGGUUGGGCUAACAGAGGGCCCCUCCCAUUAAACGACACUGCUGCAGAGACCCCCAAACCUCUUAACCAUCUCUCCACGGGGGGAGACCCACUAGGAGUGCUGGCCAGUACUGACCAAGAUUCAGACAAAGAGGAGCCCAGUUCGGCUGGCCUGGUUGUGGCCCCGAAACAGAUGAGCUCAGCCCUUGGGUCAUUACUGGCUAACUACGGUUCUAUGAGUGAAAGCGACGAGGAGCCAGAAGAUGUCCCCGUUCUGAGAGCCAAAGAAGUUGUCAGAGAAAACGAGACCCUGCUAAACAAAGUGACACCAACUUCCGAGGACAGUCCGUGCUCUAAACACGUGGAAAAGCCCAGCGAGACUCGGACAGUUCCUCAACCAACCUCUGGCCCUGGCAUGUGGAAUGAGAGAAGAGGAGGAGGGAGGAGAGGAGGAAGGGGACAAAGACACAGAGUCACGCCUCAGUCACGCCGCGCGACUUUACUGGAAAUGUUACUGGCCCCAGACAUCCGCCACGAGAGGAAUGUUCUGCUGCAGUGUGUACGAUAUGUUGUCCGCAACCACUUUUUCGGGCUGGAAAACGGAUCUCAGGACCGAGAGGAGAUGAAUCAGGAAAACUUGACAGUUUCUGCAACCAGUGAACUUGAAGAAGAGCCCGUGUCCCGAUCAGACUCCAAUGUUCACGAUGAGAGACAUUUUGAAACUCUGAUUGUCCCGGACAGCAGAGAUAUUGAAGGUUUAGGCAGUGAAUCUGCUGAAAGAACUGAAGAAAGUUCUAGAGAGUCUGUCCAAAGUAUUGAAGAAAAGACUGCCUCGGCCCACAACAGUCAAGAUCCCACCAGCACAAAUAAUAUCAAGUCUAAAUCUAAUGUCUAUGAUGAUGAAAUAUGGGAAAUGGAUGGCUGUUCUUUGAAAUAAUUUUUUAAGACAUUGGGUUGAAAGGAUAUAAUUAUUUUUCUUGUAAAGAGUCAUUUUGUUGCUUUU